CACAAAUCCGUUUUGGCAUUUGCUUUGCUUUUCUUGAGCCUUGAGAGAGCUCCAUGAGUCUGACUGUGAGCUGCCUCCUUCUCCUUCACUCUUCUCUCUCUCAUCUGCCACUUGUCCAUAUAUCUCUCUGCCUUUUCAGCUCCUCUGCACUGUCUCCCUGGUGGGUUUUGGUGGUUUUUGCAGGACCAAGAGCAGAGCUUUCUCAGAAUUCAUUUACGUGAAGAAAAUUAAGCGGCCUUUGCUGGGACCGAGCUAUGGCAACUGGAGAAGAAACCGUUGCUAAAGAAAAUGAUGGUGGCAUUUCCACCAACAAAGCUGGCCCUUCAAUCCAAAAGGGUGGAGACGCCGCUGAGAUAAUUGAAGAAGCUCCUCCUGGUCAACCAUGGAGACGACAGAACCUCAUCUUACAGAUACCUUCAAGAAGUCUUGAGGAUGCCAAAGAAGAUUUUGUGAGAAUAAACAUGCCCCCAACGCCGAGUCUCACUCCCAAAAGAGUAAACUUCUCCCCAUUACCCAGCCCUAGUUUAGCCAAAAUCAGUGGGUCCCCAGGGCCCUCAUCAUCAAAAGCUAAAUCAACCAUAAAAAGCCUCCUUCCAAAACUAAGUUUCAAACAUCGGAACACUACUUCAGAGAUUCAGAAGGCUGCCACUCUAGCCCUGGGAGGCUUACCUGCAGGGACACGUGAGAAGCCUUUAAUUUCAAGGACAUGGUCCUUUACAAAGCUUUUGACUCCUAGAAUGAAAAAUGCAUCAUCCUUGCCUGUAACUCCAAUUGCUCACUCAAAUCCAGAGUCUAUGCAUGGAGGGAACACAAUUGAUGUGCUCGGUUCUGUUAAAGGAGAGGCCCAACUACCCAUUCAUCGUUCACAAUCAGUCCCUGUGAUUAAUAAAGAUGGAAGUAUAUAUUUAAGUGGUGUCAUUCGUGUAAUUCCCACCACACCACAAAUGCCUGAGAGGGCUGUCACGACAACUUCAAGCACAUCCCCAGUAACUGACACUGAUGGAAGUGAUGAUGGCGGUGAAGAUAUUGCUGUAGAAGAAGCUGUUUGUCGAAUUUGCUUAGUUGAACUAGGUGAAGGUGCUGAAACCCUCAAGAUGGAGUGCAGUUGUAAAGGUGACCUUGCUCUUGCCCACCAAGAAUGUGCUGUCAAAUGGUUCAGCAUUAAAGGUAAUAAAACAUGUGAUGUAUGCAAGCAAGAGGUUCAGAACCUACCCGUCACACUUUUACGAAUUCAAAAUGUUCAGACCCUUAAUUCUCGAGCACGUAGAGCACAGCAGACUGAGGUUACUCAAUAUAGGGUUUGGCAGGAUGUUCCCAUCCUUGUCAUAGUCAGCAUGCUUGCUUACUUCUGUUUUCUUGAGCAGCUUCUGGUGGGCAAAAUGGGAUCGGGUGCAAUUGCUCUCUCUCUUCCUUUUUCCUGCAUAUUGGGUCUUUUGGCAUCCAUGACAUCAACCACAAUGGUGAGAAGAAAAUUUGUCUGGGUUUAUGCAACUACUCAGUUUACACUGGUGGUUCUCUCAGCACAUGUACUCUAUUCAUUGCUUCACAUGCAUGCAGUUCUGUCUGUUCUCCUUGCCACUUUUAUGGGGUUUGGAGUUACAAUGUGUGGAAAUUCUAUUAUUGUUGAGGCUUUUAGAUGGAGAGAAAGAUGGCUUUUUCAGUCCAAUCGACAGCGUGGUUCUCGGGGGGUGACGCAGCCGAAUCAAUCACCAGAGAAUGCACAAGAAGCGCAAACGAAUCCUCAACAGCUUGAAAAUGAAACUCAAGUUGCAGAAGCUAUUCAUGGCAGCUGACUUCUGUACUUUAACAUGCAUUAAAACCAUAGUUGCAUACUAGGAGGGGCUGUAAAUAAAUAUAGAACAUGUUAAGAGUAGUUGUAUAUAAACUAUUUCGCAUGUA